AUGGUAACGCGUAAACAGACGCAACCGGAGCCUGCAGCAUCAGGAAAAGAGCCCGAGAAGAAAAAGUCGGGGAAUAAAAAGCCUGGAAAAGUGGAUCCGUCGUCAACUAGCGUGAGCGAAUUUAGAGGAGCAUACCGCAAACAUUCGACACCGAAAGCAACCCGAAAGUUCGUCGAAAAAUUUGUUAAAAGACCGGCUACUCUGCCGGACUGUUUCAUGUUUGGUAACGCGAGCAAUAAAACUCCAACCGGACAUCCAGAAGUUCCCAGGAAGAGCGCCAAUAUUAUGCGUAAGCUAGGGAAAGUCCAAGAGUCGGAAAGCAAAGAAAGUGCCAAAGAAGAAGAAAAAGAAGAGUCGUUCGAAGAAGAUGAGCGUAGUACCGGAUCGGAGCAAGUAAAACGAUCGUCUAGAAAAGUUGAUCAUUCGAAACGGGGCGAACAUCGUGAGCCGACUAAAGCACAGUUGUCCGCUCGGCAGUUUUUGUCCAGGAAGUUACCUACGUUUUCCGGCAAUCUGGAGGAAUGGCCGAUGUUUAUCAGCAGUUAUGAGACGUCGACGAAGGCGUGCGGCUUUUCCAAUGUCGAAAACCUGGCGCGACUUCAAGAGUACCUAAAGGGUGAAGCGCUAGAAGCGGUGAGAGGCAGACUACUUUUGCCGAAAUCAGUUCCGAACAUCAUUGAGACCCUACGUAUGCUGUAUGGACGACCAGAGCGCCUACUGAACAUGCUGCUAGCGAAGGUUCACAACACAGCACCGCCGAAGGCUGAUCGGUUGGUAACUUUCAUAGGGUUCGAAGUGGUAGUCCAACAACUUGCCGAUCAUUUGGAAGCUACCGGACUAACUACGCAUCUGGUGAAUCCGAUGCUCAUUCAAGAGCUAACCGAAAAGCUACCCGCAGGAACACAGCUGGAUUGGACGCAAGUGAAAUCGUGGCAUACGGAGAAUCAUCCGGAGUUGCGGAAUAUGGAUCUAGAAAGAGCAAAACGAAGACCAGAACGAAUGAAGGAGAGAAUACCGUGUAGAAUCUGUGGUGGACUGAAUCACCGAAUUAGAAACUGUGACAAAUUUCGAAAACUGUCUCUCGUCGAACGGUGGGAAGCUGUCCGUAAAUGGCAGCUGUGUCAACUUUGCUUGAACGAACACAGAGCGGCUAACUGUAAGCUUAGUUUUCGUUGCGACAUCGAAGGAUGUAAAGAUCGUCACAAUCCUCUGCUACACGCGGUGAGAUCGUCUACCAGUUCAAACUGCAACAUCCAUUCUAGCCAACCGAAGUCUUCCGUAAUCUUUCGAAUGAUUCCUGUUACGUUGUACUGCGGAAAGUUUGCAGUAGAUACGAUCGCGUUCCGGGAUGAAGGCUCGUCGUACACUCUGGUGGAAAAGGAGUUAGUAUGUCGGUUGGGAAUUAAUGGUGCAACGCAACCGCUACGCGUGACAUGGACUGCAGGAGUCUCCCGACUUGAAAAAUACUCACAGUGCGUGAAUUUCCGCAUCUCUGCAAAAGGAUCAGCUCAGCGUUUUCUGAUAAAAGGCGCUCACACGGUAGAAAGCUUAAAGCUUCCGACGCAUUCCCUACCUCUGUCCGAAAUCGUGAAACAGUACGAUCAUCUACGAGGUUUGCCGAUUGCUGAUAUUCGUUCAGCUACUCCACGGAUUUUGAUCGGGCUAAAGGAUAUACACCUGUACGCGCCGAUAGAAUCCAAAAUUGGUCGGCCAGAAGAGCCGAUAGCUGUCAGAUCGAAGCUAGGCUGGACUAUUUACGGUCCGAUGGAAGCAGUCACGACAAGUAGCGGAAUUGUCGGCUAUCAUACGUGCAGCACCGUUACGAACCAAGAGCUCCAUGAUCUGCUUAAGAGCUACUAUACGCUAGAGGAGUCUGGUAUAUCGGUGGCCUUGCUUCCCGAACCAGAAGAAGACAGGAGAGCGAAGGAUAUACUAAAAAAGACAACAAAAAGGAUUAGUGAUUGCUUCGAAACAUAUCUGCUGUGGAAGGAAGAUAACCCCGAAUUCCUCGAUAGCUAUCUUAUGGCUGUCAAGCGUUUAAAAUGUCUGGAGAAUCGUCUAAGGAAAAAUCCAGAGUUGUACAAUAAAGUACGUACAACUAUCGCUGACUACUUGGCUAAAGAGUACGCCCACAAGGCGACAUCGUCAGAGCUAGCGGCAUUUGAUAGCAACAAAGUGUGGCAUGUGCCGCUGAAUUUCGUUUACAAUCCAAAGAAGGAGAAGUUCCGCUUAGUAUGGGAUGCAAGAGCAGAAGUUAGAGGAUUUUCGCUAAACUCAAAGCUAUUGAAGGGACCAGAUAUGCUAACCGCCCUACCAGCUGUUAUAUCUAAGUUCCGAGAGCGGGAAAUCGGUUUUGGCGCGGACAUCAAGGAGAUGUAUCACCAGUUACGGAUUCGAGAUGAAGAUAAGCGAGUACAAAGAUUCCUGUUCCGGAACGAUUCGUCCGCGAAGCCGGAUGUUUACGUAAUGGACGUGGCAACGUUUGGAUCGACGAGCCUGCCAUGCUCCGCACAAUAUGUAAAAAACAUAAACGCGAAAGAAUAUGCGGGACAGUUUCCAGCGGCUGCAAAAGCCAUAAUCGAAAAUCACUACGUCGAUGACUACUUUGACAGCGCGGACACAAUCGAAGAAGCAGUGGAACGAGCAAAAGAUGUGCGUUACGUCCAUUCCAAGGGCGGUUUCGAGCUACGAAACUGGGUCUCCAACUCCGACGAGUUUUUAGUAGCCUUGGGAGAACGAAAAGCCAAUCAGUGCGUACGCUUUAGUGAAGAUAAGGAAUCCGGAUCCGAGCGAGUACUAGGGAUCGUAUGGAGUCCCGCUAGCGAUGAAUUUUCGUUUUUCACCACGUUGAGAGGCGAUCUAACACCAUUUCUGUCCGGUGAGCGACUACCAACGAAAAGAAUCGUGAUGAGUUGCGUGAUGCGCUUCUUUGACCCGUUAGGACUGUUGACGAACUUUACGUUUUAUGGCAAAUUAUUGAUUCAAGAUCUAUGGCGCAGCGGAUGCGAGUGGGAUCAGCAAAUCGAUAGCGAUUGUGCAGAAAAGAGCUGUUCAGUAGACUACGGCAGCCUGCAGUUGCAUACGUUCACCGACGUGAGUCAACACGCGUACGGGACAGCUGUGUAUCUCCGGGUAAAGACGACCGAAGGACCAAUAUGUUCGCUUGGGUUGUCGAAGUCAAAGGUUUCACCACUACAGCACAUGUCAAUUCCCCGUUUGGAGCUCCAAGCAGCUGUUGAAACGACGAUUCAUGUGGUCCGAUUCGAAAACGGUGUUGUCAUGGAUACACUCCGACCAUCGCCGAUACAAGCAAUUCGUGGCAUUCAGGAUCGGUGA